AUGGACGGCACAGAGUGGCUGCUGCUUCUGUUUCUUGUAUGCCUGGCUCACAGUUAUGCUCAAAACACCACAUCCACAUCAGAAGAACCGUCAGAAGUCCGGAUUCUGAGUGAACCUCUGACAAAGCUGGUUUCUCAUCACGAUCAUAGCAGAGACCCUUGCGCGGUGCGAUUAGAGUCAGCCCUCAACACGAUAUCUACAAGGCGAUCUUCCUCUGGUACUUCUCACACACUAGAUCUUGCAGGGUACGCUCUGCAUCAGCCUCUGCGGACGGCACCCUACGAGAUGUACGUCACAGACAUGAGGGUUAGGAUGCCCACAAAGCCUAGCCACUGGGCUAGGGUCGACAACUGCCGCUUCGACCCCGUACAGUCCACGCUGCAGACUCGACUUUACUUCAAGGAUCUCUCAAUAACAGGGGCCGUGAAGCUGUACAAUGAGGCCAACACGCUGCUCAACCCGAAGAUCUCGACUCCGGCUGAGAAAUGCAGGAUGAUGAUCCGUCUACGGCGAGCUGGGGUUGGAUUUACAGUGAUCCCUCAACGUAGCAAGGUCGGGGGCUUGGCAGUCAGUACGACGGCCACGUUCCUGGACCCGCAGUUCGUCAGCGUACACGCGUACGGAUGUGAUCAUCCGGAUCUAAUGGAGCGGAAACUGCACGAUGACGACGAACUGGACAUGGGACAAGAAAUGGAAGACGUGUUUCUUCGAGGGGUCCAGCCUCUCCUGACCACCUAUCUAGAAAAACAUCUACAUCCAGCACUAAGAGAUACACUCAUGGUCAACAUGGGCUACAGUGUUUCCUACGGGCGGUAGAGUAUAUGGACCCUGAGGAAGUGCCAGUUGUAGUCUAUUAUUCUUGAUUAUACGAACAUAUAAUCAAGGAUAAUACGAAUACAUUCGUAUAAAUAAUCAAGGGUAUUAUCUAAUCAGCGAUCAGGUUUGAAAAUGUGACCGUUUUUUUUCAAACAUCUCUAAAGUUGGAGUUAAAUACGUACUUUAAAAGUACACGAAACAAUCUAAAUUGCAUCAGCCUUGGUAAACAGUCGAUAUUUUAAUACUGAUAAAACUAAAGCUGGAUUAUUACAGUGUAAUGAAUAAUUCGUUCAUUUAUAAGGCUAGUAAAUAACCCACUAAAUAGUAUUUUUAUUUAGUAAUUAUUUA